GAUAAGGCUUACAAAAAGACUGUUUGUGCUCUGAACCGCAAGCUGUGAACUCUGCUAAAAAUUCAAAUACUUCCUUAUUCCACUCCUUUCAUGAUUUUCUGCAGCAGGGGAGGAAAAACAAAGUGUUACGACAAGUGUUAAAUAUCUGAUGUUGACAAUCAGUAUACCAUUUCAAGGCUCAGAUUUGUCUGCAACAUCCAGAAAGCGAAGCCUUCCUGUCACUUUAAGAUAAAUAGGUGAAACAUUGCUCCUAAAAUGAAGGCUAGAUUUUACUGAUAGCAUUCACCUGACAGUGAACACAGUCUCUAUGUGUGAGUUAUAGAUUUCUCUUCUCUGUUACAAUUCUAGCAAGCAGAGCAACAUUUCUUCAUCCCUCAGUAUUUUCUCUUGAAAAAAAAACAAACAACAAAACAGGAAUAGGACAGAAGGGGGAAAGACCAGCUGAUCUUGCAUAUCCUCCUUCAUAUUUUUCUUUUGCCUUCCUUUGCAUCUCAGUCACUAUAAAGUUCUACAACAGCACAGAAAACCUAAUUUUAUUGUCACAAUUCCUCAUUUGAUAUGUCCGAGGCAUAAAUUGAAAUCUUCAGCCACUCGCUAUGCCACAGACAGGCAAAGACUCUCAAUGCCUUUGGGUUAAGUGUACUGAGUUUUAGAAAUCAGAUUCUACAAUCAAAGACUGGUUCCAGGAAAGCUGGCAUUUUCCUGAAAGCUAGGUCAAAAAACACUGAGAUACUUUUAUGUCUUGCAUUUUCUGAAUUGGAGUGCAUGUAUUCAUUAUCUUAAAAAUGAACAAAAAUGCCUCCACAGGGAUGGAUUUAUAGUUCUACAGGCUCUGAACAUUUUUUGCUAAGGUUUCUAUGUGACUUGAGUAUAUAACAUCUUUCUAUGGAUGUUUCUGUCUUCCUCAACUAUUUGAAAAAUAGGUUGUAGUACAUGUGAUCUCUGAUGUUAACUUCAGUCAGCCUGCCUUUUGUCAUUGUAUUGUGGGAUCUGAGCAUUUCUCACAACCAGUCUAGGAGGUUUCAGGAGUGAGUUGGCAGCAACUUCCUGACAUGGGUGAUUGGGCAGCCAAUAAGUUGUGGAUGGAAAGGUAAGGGCAGCCUUGGCUGCAGUGACUAUGAGCCAGUGGCAUUCAGACUCCUGAGAGAAGGCAGCAGGGCAAAAGGCAGGAACUCAGCCCUGGACUUCCGGCGAGUAGACUUAAAAGUUCUUCAGAGAUCUGCUUGGAAACAUCACAUUGAAUACAACCCUGAAGAGAAGUGUCCAGGAAUGCUAGUUGAUAUCCAAGAAUCUUCUCCAAGUUCAAGAAAGGUCCAGUCUGACACCUAGAAAACUAAGUAGAGGCAUCAGGAGUAUCUUAAGAGUGAGCAUAAAAGCUGCUGACUUUAAUCAGGCAUAAAAAUGAAGUAUAAAAGAAGUGGAAUCAGGGGCAGGUGAUCCAGGAGGAGUAUGGACUGCUGUUCAACCAUGCAGGAAUGGGCUUAAGAAAGCAAUAAAGCAGCUAGAGUUGAAUUUGGUAAAUAAGGUAAAGGGAAACAAGAAAGGAUUCUAUAAAUACAGCAGCAGCAAAAGAAACACUAGGGAAAGUUGCUGGAUGGGGCAGGGAAACUAGUGAUGUAUGACAUGGAAAAACCUGAGGUACUCAGUAUUUUCUUUGCCUCAGCAUUUACCCAUAAAAUGGUCUUCAGGUAUUCCAGGCCCCUGAGAUCAGAUGGAAAGUUUGGAGAAAGAAAGAUAGAGCCUUUGGUGGAGGAGGAUCAGCCUGAGCUCACCAAUCACAGGGGAGACCCCACAGCAUCAAACCCACUCAUCAAGAUGUCUCUCUCUGAAAUGGCUGUUGACAACAGCUGUUCUCCUUUAUUUUCCAGCCUUUUUUCUAAGAAUUGUUUGCAUCUCAGCUAAGCUUUGAAACUGAUAUCCUGAAGCUGUGCAUUUCCUCCCGCACACUAAACCCAAGCAAACACAAGUCCCAACAGUCAAGCUUCUGCAGUCACUGCAGGUUGAUGGUCUUCAGCUUUGGUGGAGGGCAGUACCAGCACAGGGGCACCCCGGGCACUUCUGCACCUUGCACCUAGGUUAUGGACUAGGUUAGGGCUAAGAUGAAGCAGCAAAAGGCAGUCCUCACCUGCUCUAAUGCUGUGCACCUCUCUGCACCCCUCAGGUGAGGUAUGCAAUCACUGCCCACCAGGGUAACCUCCAGGCUGAAACCUUCACUCCACCAUACAUAUCUGGACAUGCUCUUGGUUGCAGCCUUUUCUCAAUCAAUCACUUUGAGUUUUAUAGGGCCACAAUCCUUGGAUUUUACCAAUAUUUCCCAUAUUUACUUGGAAAGCAGACAGGACUACAGCCUUUUUACCAAUUUUAAUAUUUGGCAGCCCGGAGAGGGUUUUCUGCAAAAACACCCCAUCUGCUUGCACACAGAACAUUCAUCACUGAAGACCAUUCAAGAGAACCACUUCCUCCUUCUGUACAACACAGUUCCCAUUUGGUCCCUUUCAUCCUCCUCUGAAUCUCAAUGAGAGCAAAGUGUGACAAGCAAACAUGCUGCUGCUCAUAGUGUUUGUGGCCACAGCCUCUUGGUCUUAUGGAUUUGCACAGGAAAUUCCCAUGCAGAGUCCUAUAUCCAUCACCAAGUUCCAAAAAAGUGCUCGGAUGACAUGUGAAAUUCAAACAUUAGAGGCAAAUUUUGAUGGCAUCUUCAUACACUGGUAUAAGCAGAAGGAGGGUGAAGCUCCAAAGAGGCUUCUGUUUGUUUCAGAAGGAAAAGUUACCAUUGAAAGUGGCUUUCAAGCAAACAGAUAUAUAGUUGAAAUAAGUUCUGUCCAGAUGCGGUGUGUUCUUACAAUAAAAGAUGUAAUUCCAGAUGAUGCUGCUACUUACUACUGUGCCUACUGGGAUCCUCACUGUGAUAGAAACGCAAAGAUCAAGGUGUUUGGCUCAGGUACAAAACUCGUCGUCUCAGAAAAAAGAAGUUCUCCUCCAAAAAACUCUGAAAUCCUGCAGAAAAAACAUGAAAAUCAGAUAAUGUAUGUUUGCCUUAUUGAGAAAUUCUACCCAGAAGUUAUUAGGGUGACAUGGACUGAAGGUGAAAAAGAAGUAACAGACAACGUAGUAAAAGGUGACACUUGGCAGUCCACAAAAGAGGAUGAAUACUCAAUUGCCAGUUGGUUAACUGUGCCAGCAGAGAGUGAAGACAAGACAUACUACUGCAAAUACGAGCAUGAAGAGAAAAGUACUUCACUGCCAACACAAGUAGACUCUGUGAAGACUGCUCCUCAGGAAGAGGACUGCAGAACAGUUUUUAAUAGAGAUCAGUUAAUGCACAGGACAGCAUAUUUAGUAUACAUCAUCCUUCUUCUGAAGAGCUCCAUGUACAAUAUUAUCAUACUCUUCUUCAUGUACAGAAUGUGGGCUUUAACCAAGCACCAAGGAAAGAAAGCAUAAAUGCUGUUUUAAGAAAGGGCUAUAAACUGAUCUUCAAUUUACGUGGCUGUAUGUUUAUCCAUAUAGAAUCCCCUGCUCUCAGUGUUAGAUGUAACAACCACAAAAAAAUAUUCCAAAAUAAUUUUCUGGUAUUAGUGCAUAAAGGCUCAUUUUGCUUUACUGCUACUGUUUCUAGAUCAGUCUGAUUUUCUUAAUUUUUUUCUGAAUAUUAAAUAAAGUAGGCAAUAGGAAUAAUGCAUUUUAAUCCAAGUCCAUAUUGGAAAACAAAGAAGGUAGCCUUGUCAGAAGCAGCUAUACAUCCAGAAGCUUGGGGGUAUAACAGGGCUUUUGACAUAUAAAGAACAAAUGUGUUUUGUCAAUGCAUUUAAGGCUUAAUUAGGAGCGUUCCUGUGCUGUAAAUUCACAGGUUUGGUUAAUUUUUACUUUCAGUGGCUUGUUGCAACUCUCAUGUAUCCAACAAAUCAGGAAUUCAUUAUUCUGAAGUGGUAUUCUGUAAGAGACAAUUAAACAAAACUUUAAAAAG